AUGUCCUACCUUAAAGUCUCUGGGACUCAAUUCGUCGAUGGUGCUGGAGCACCAGUCGUUCUGCUCGGUGCAGGGCUUGGUGGGUGGAUGAUGAUGGAGAAUUUCAUAUCAGGGUUUCCUGGAUGCGAAUUUCAUAUCCGAGAAGCUCUUGUUGAAGCUAUUGGAGUUGAGAAAGCAUCUUUGUUUUUCGAGAAGUUCUUGGACAAUUUUUUUGCUGAGGCAGAUGCAAAGUUUUUCAAAUCUCUCAGUUUGAAUUGUGUUCGGAUAGCUAUCAACUACCACCAUUUUGAGGACGAUAUGAAUCCCCGCGUUCUCAAAAUUGAUGCAUUCAAACAAUUAGACCGAGUCGUCACGCUGUGCGCCGCAGAAGAAAUUUACACAAUCAUUGAUCUGCAUUCAACACCGGGAGGACAAAGCGGUGGAUGGCAUGCUGACGCUGGCACCCAUUUUGGUAAUUUCUGGAAACACAAAGACUUUCAGGACCGCUUCGUCUGGCUUUGGACACAGAUCGCUGAUCAUUACAAGGAUAAUAUCUGGGUAGCGGGAUAUAAUUUGAUGAACGAACCUGCUGACCCCCAUCCUCACCACACUGGUCUAAUCAGUAUCUACGACAGAACAUACGCUGCUAUUCAUGACACAGACCCCAAUCACAUCUUGUUCCUCGAUGGAAAUACCUUCGCUACAGAUUUUACCAAGUUCCCCGAAGAUUCUGCCACCAGAUGGGGCUCCAAUGUUGCAUUUGCGAUUCACGAUUACUCGACCUUCGGGUUUCCGAAUUCGCCAGAGGCUUAUGAAGGUACUAAUGAUCAAAAGGACAAAAUGAAAGCAUCUUAUGCUAGAAAACGUAAAUGGAUGGAUGAGAGAGGGUUGUGUGUCUGGAACGGAGAAUGGGGGCCUGUGUAUGGUAGGGAGGUGUACGACGGCGAGCAAACAGAAGAUAUUAAUCGCAGGCGGUAUAUGGUUCUGAAGGACCAAUUGGAGACAUAUCGAAAAGACUCCCUCAGCUGGUCUAUCUGGUUAUACAAAGAUAUCGGCUUCCAAGGAAUGGUAUAUGUUUCCCAGGAUACGCCAUACAUGAAGCACUUUCGGGAGUUUCUUCUCAAGAAGCACCGACUUGCCGUUGAUGCUUGGGGAGCAGACGAUAAAUAUGUCAAGCCCAUUUAUGAACCUAUUGUAAACUUGAUCAAGGAGGAAGUGGCUGAACCAAAUCAAAAGCUUUACCCACCAAUCUGGAGUUUAGAAAACAGGGUGACCAGAAUUUCACGUACGAUUUUGGUGGCCGAGUUUCUGGUCAAGGAAUGGGCGGAGUUGUUGAUCGGGAAAAGUGAUAAAGAGUUGGUGGAUUUUGCAGAGAGCUUUGCGUUCGAAAAGUGUAAAAAGAGGGAGGAAUUGAAUAGUAUUCUGAAGCUCAAUGCACUAGAAAUGUAG